AGGUUGCCCCCCUCUGCUCCUGGCCUUGGCCUCACUUGGGAGCGCAGGGAGGGGGCCGGUGGUGGCAUGUCCUGCCGAGUUUGCUUGGUCGGACGGGAAGAGAGUCAGGAUGGCUGGAGCCUGUGGGCGGGCAGUGGUCAGGUGCGGUGGCCGCCGUCCACGGGACAGGGCUGGGAUACCUUGGGCGUGCCUGUUUUCGCCUGCCCUUGACUCCCGACUGGCAGGUGCCAGGCAACGCCUGCGGGGCCACAGUGCUUCUGCUCCUUCCCCAAAUGUCCCGAGAAAGCUGAUUGCUGAGAUGGGAAGGGAAGAGGUGGCCGGUGCAGGUGCAAGGGUGGUCGGGGACAGCGUCUCCUGGCCUCACACAGUGCGGUCUUGCAUGAGGAGGCUACGAACACCUAGACCCUCUGGCCUCUGUCCAGGGUGCGCCUGUCCCCACGGUCCAGCUUUGGGGGUGAACAGUCUUCGCUCCUGGGUCACUUCAGGGUCUGGUUUCCCAGACUGCACACAUGACAGACGCCACACCUAUCCAGCACCUUCUGUGUCCCGGGUGCUUUCAGAGUAGAUGGAAUUUGGGGGCUGGGGGCACAUAGAGAAACGGAGGCCGAGAGGCAAGUUCUUACCCCCAGAGAGUGGCUGGUGGCCACUGGGAGAGCCCAGUUCCAGCCCACUGUUAGGGUGCGCAGGAUCUGCCCUUGGGACAGCCCUGUCAGUCCUGCGGCGGCCUUUCAGGGAGAGGACUGAGUGUUCCCCGGCGAGACUGGUGGGGGUUGAGUGAGGAAAGCGCCCCGCUGCUUGUGGUGUCUGAUGCGGCGGGACAGGGUGUGGCCAUCAUGGGGAACCAGACCUUCAACAAUUGGAACUGGCCCAAUGCGAUGAUUUUUGCGGCCACAGUCAUCACGACCAUUGGUUAUGGCAAUGUGGCUCCCAAGACCCCGGCUGGCCGCCUCUUCUGCGUCUUCUAUGGUCUCUUCGGGGUGCCGCUCUGCCUGACGUGGAUCAGUGCCCUGGGCAAGUUCUUCGGAGGACGCGCCAAGAGGCUAGGCCAGUUCCUCACCAGGAGAGGCGUGAGCCUGCGGAAGGCGCAGAUCACGUGCACAGCCAUCUUCAUCCUGUGGGGCGUCCUGGUCCACCUGGUGAUCCCGCCCUUCGUGUUCAUGGUGACGGAGGAGUGGGACUACAUCGAGGGCCUCUACUACUCCUUCAUCACCAUCUCCACCAUCGGCUUCGGUGACUUUGUGGCCGGUGUGAACCCCAGCGCCAACUACCACGCCCUGUACCGCUACUUUGUGGAGCUCUGGAUCUAUCUAGGGCUGGCCUGGCUGUCUCUCUUUGUCAACUGGAAGGUGAGCAUGUUUGUGGAAGUUCACAAAGCCAUCAAGAAGAGGCGACGGCGGCGGAAGGAGUCCUUCGAGAGCUCCCCGCACUCCCAGAAGGCCCUGCAGAUGGCGGCCGGAAGCGCAGCCUCCAAGGACGUCAACAUCUUCAGCUUUCUGUCCAAGAAGGAGGAAACCUACAACGAUCUCAUCAAGCAGAUCGGGAAGAAGGCCAUGAAGAGCAGCGGGGCUGGGGAGAGGGUCUCAGCACCAGGCCCCCGGCUGGGGUCUCAAGGGAGUGGGCUGCCAGCGAUCCCCACGUCCCUGGCACCCCUGGUGGUCUACUCCAAGAACCGGGUGCCCAGCCUGGAGGAGGUGUCCCAGACACUCAAGAGCAAAGGCCACAUGUCCAGGCCCCCCGGGGAGGAGGCUGGGGAGCCCGAGGCCGGCUCCCCGACGACCUCUGAGGCCUUCAGCAACCAGCUGGACCGCAUCAGCGAGGAGGUCGAGCCCUGGGAGGCCCUGGACUACCAGCCGCUCAUCUUCCAGAACGCCAACAUCAGCUUCGUGAGCGAGGAGGCCGGCCUCUUGGAUGAGGAGACCUCCAAGUCCUCGCUGGAGGACAACCUGGCCGGGGAGGAGCAGCCCCAGGAGGGGGCCACGGCCCAGGCCCCCCUGAACAUGGGCGAGUUCCCCUCGUCAGAUGAGUCCACCUUCACCAGCACCGAGUCGGAGCUGUCCGUGCCUUACGAGCAGCUCAUGAACGAGUACAAUAAGGCCGGCAGCCCCAGGGGCACGUGAGGCAGGGCCGGCUCCCCGCCCCGCCUGAGACAGGGGCAGCCUUGGAGCGGGAGCGGGGGGCCAAGGGCCUUGUUCUCCUUCCAUCCCCUCCAGCACGAUGCUCCUCCGACGGAUGUAGCGCGGGCCCAGGACAGGGCCUCUACUCGCAGCCACGCGGGCCUGGCGGUGGGGAGGCUGCUGUCCUGAGCGCGCCGGUGUCUCCAGUGGUUGGAGGCAUGUGGGCGGCAGGACCGACCCCGCGAGGGCCUGUCCUGCGUGGCUUUUCACCCUGUGCUCGGGGGACUGUCACACGGUUCUCGGUGGCCCGGGCUGGGCUGAGUCCACCAGUGUUAAUGAGCAGCUCUGUGGGGCUGGCACGGAGCCAGAGACACCUCCGGGAGGGAGGGAGGGAGGAGCCCACGUGGUCCGGUUUCUGCCUGGUCCAGCUCUCCGGUGUCUGGGGAGGGACAGCUGUGAUGAGGGGGCCGGGGCAUCGCAGUGCUGCAGCGGGAACAGGACCUUGUUCUCAAGGACCUCGCUGCCCACUGGUACCCCCGCUUCUUCCCAUCCCAGACCGAUGGGGCGGGGGGCAAAUUGCUCUUGGCUCUCAGGUGGGCUGUGGCCAAAAAUGUGAAUGGAGCUCCUCUCUCCGGCUGUGUGCGCGAGUGUCAGGAAGGGGAGCUGGGGCUGGGGAGAAGCGAUAAUGUGAAACUUUCUGGUGAGAGGCGGCGGGUAGACCUGCUGCCUCUGUUCUUGUGUUAUCAGUGACGCUCACCUAGACCAGCUCACUUUGCCCUGAGUGUUUUUGUUAUAUAUGUUUCUUUCCUCAUGAACUGCUGUUUUUAUACAUGAGUCUGUGGUUGGCUUCAGAGCCAGUGAAGAGCAGGGUCUGGAGAACUGGGGCUGUCUGGCGCAUACCCUGCUGCAUGCCUACACCCCCCAGGCAGCUGGGCCUUCCGUGCUGCCCUGAGCCAAAGUCCUGAUGUCGAGAGCCGUGACCCCGUGCGUGGUAAGGGAGGGCACGCUGAGGUUAGGCUAGAGAGGGAUGCCUGGCAGGCAGCUGACUGCCAGGCAGGAGCCCAGGCUCCCACCCUCAAGCCCAGCACCUUCUCUGACCCUCCUCUGUCCCCUGUGCUGUGGGGAAGAUAGGACAGAACCCCCCAACCUGAGAGCCGGCGGGGGGCUGGGGGGCUGUGUCCACGCCCUCCCCAUUCUCUAAGCGGUUGCCGCAGGGCGGGAGGAGCAGCCUGUGUGCUUCCGCGAGCGGUUCCGUGAGCCGGGCUAAGUGCCGGCUGUCCUGGAGUCACACACUGUAUGUACAUCCUGGCAAUGACGGCAAAUGUAAUUUAUUUUACCAUUUUUACAAUAAAAUAUAGACAGGCCA